UGGAAGUGGCAUAAAACACAAGCAGUCUACCAGGAAUCUCUUGGUGUCAUUAACAAUGAAUUGUAAACUGAGUCUUGAGCUCAUUAUGCUAAUAGUGUUUGUUAGCCUGCUAACAGAAGUAAGUGUCCAGCCCUGCUCAUAAUUUGAUGAUGGACACAAUAAGGAUUCAGUGUUAUGAUUAAGAAUCUAGAUAAAGGAGAGAUUCUGUACAGUCUGUAUGCAAAAUAUGUGAAUUAACUUUGCGAAGUUGUUUGCUGGAGAUAUACAGUCUGAGAGAAAUAAGCUAUGGGGAAAACUUUUCAGGGGAGUCAUAAACAUCAGGGAGUGUCUGGGAAUGCUUCAAAGAGUUGUGGGGGACAGAAAUGCACAGAUAUUAAGAAAAAGACCUUUUUUCGAGGAGAUAAAAGGAGCGACGGGUCUGAAAAAGUGUUUGGAAAGAGGGGGCUGGUUCUGAGGGGUUUUGAAGGGGUUUCUGGCAGGGAUGGUUCUGCAUGUCUGGUUAAUACGGAUUCUUGUGAAGUGUGGUGUGUAUGUAAAUUAGUGAAACCCUGCCAGAAGUGCAGGGAAAGAGACCGAGAGGAUAACGAUUCUGCACCAACUCCAGAUAAUAAGUUUUCUAGGGUUUUAAAUGGGUACAUGACAAUAAGUGCUGAUGACGAAGAAGACCGAACAGAAUCUGGGUCUGUGACUCCCAAAUCAGACGAAAAUCACACUAAUGGUGUUUAUUACAAAGAGGACUGCUUGUUGAGUGCACAUUUGGACAAUUUAGCUCAAUGUAAUAGAAUUUACCCAGAGCUGGGCAGUAAGACGAAUGUUGAAUCAAAGUUAAGAAAUGGUCUACCAGCCGAAAAAUGCCUUAAUCAGACAAAUAAUGCUGGUUUAGCGAGGAAUUUAAUGGUGAAAGUUGGUGAAGAAAGAGUUGAAAACGGGUUCAAAAAUGGUGCCACCCAAUUUAAGUCAGUUGGUUUUUAUGCGUCUGAUCUCAGCGAAGCUAGCGAAAGUAUUGGAAUAAAUUUGGAAGAACUAUUUCAGAAACUUGAUGAGCUGAACAAGGCGCACGAGGGCUUAGCAUGUGAGCAAGGGAUCAAUGAACCUCGACUUGCUGAUUCUCCACAUGGUACCCCUUCCUCAGAAAUGGACUCAGCCUCCGUGUGCUCGGGUUUUGAUCACUUUGACUUCGACACCAGCUUUUGUUCACUAAAAAGUACAGACAUGAUGGAACAUGGUGAUCUAGCCGACCAGCUGUCAAUGGUUCAACAAAUGGUGGUGGAAAUGAAAACGGGGUUUUCCCGAGCGAUGGAAGAGCUCUCAAAGAUCCAAUAUGGCGAUCAGACCUUACAACAACAACUGGCUGACAACACGAGGCAGUGUCACACAGAGAUCACCACCCUGACAUCAACAGUUCACGAUAUCAAGAGUGAGGUAGAGAAGUUGACUGGUCGUCUGGAUGCUGUGUCUGAGACACAGAGAAGCUUGCAGGAGAAGCUUGAUGCAUACCAGUCUGACAAAAGCAUGCUUCUGGAGGAACUGGAGCGAUCUGGCGCCAUAUCAGAACAAACUAGAUUGAGACUGUUGGGUGGUACAGAAAACAACAACACGAUCCCCCAUAAUGUGGCUCCCAUGGUGCAUCCCUACCUCAACUCACUGCAAAACCACCAUAGAGGUGUGGAGGACUAUCACUCAGACUCCUCCCUCACUGCGGCCGUGUCUCGUAGCCUCAAUCUGACCCAGGCCCUCGGGGAGAAGUGCCUCAACCUUGACCUCUCCAUGACCUCUACAGAUGAGGACGAGGAUAACAGUAGGCACUCAAGGUCACGGAGUGGAAGUGGUCAUAGAGGUCUCAGACACAGAAAGCCAGUCUAUUUGGAGAGUCCAGUGCGAGCCAGUCAAAAAGUUCCACCCCAUGAGCAAAUGCUUGGAGGAGUGGCGCGAGAGGAAGCCGCUCGUGAUAUCGUGGACGUAGAACGAGAGUACUGCUCACAGUUAUGGUCCCUGAUGGAAGACUUCAUGAAUCCCCUGCGUGACGAGACUAUCGUGGGCAGAGGGGAGUUCAAUCUGCUCUUCCCCGCGUACAUUCCUCACAUCUACGAACAACACUGCAUCAUCCUACGUAAGAUGGAGGAGCGCAUUAAGAAGUGGAAGAAUGGUGGAGUCAUUGGUGAUGUUUUUGCACAGUUUACGGAGUCACAGGAUUGCGAAGGUUUGAUGCUGUACAAGGAGUUCAUCAACGAUUUCCCAACAAUGAUCAACACGAUGAACAAAUGGUUCACUCACUCCCCACACUUCCGUGAACUCAUGCAGAGUCAGUGCCUCGCUAACUCUCCCGUACUACAGCUCCUGCUGGCUCCACUACAGCAGGUCCCCAAAUACUCAAUUCUGCUCAAGUCGAUGCUUAAGUACACGCCAUUGGAACACCCAGACCGCUAUUUUCUGGAGUCUUCAUUGGGACGCCUCAAGCAGUUCCUCAACUCCAUGAACGAUGACCUUGAACAGGCCAUGCAGGCCAUCGACAGCAACAACACGACCAUGAACAGAACGCGAGAGACGGGCAAUUCAGCCCAUUCCAAGUCAAGCACCAGUAGCGGGGAGGUCAAUCAAAAGUCCCGUGACUCUGGGGUCCACUCAAAUGAGGAAGAGAUAGCAAAGUCUUCUUCAUUGUCUCCAAAUACCACUCGACGGCACUUGCUGCAGGUUCUGAAGGAGAAACGUGAGCAGCGUGAACAGCGGGCAAAGGAGAGACAAGACGGUCAGCCUUCAACUCCUAGAGGCCAAAAGACAAGCUACGGUAGCCAUCCGGACCUCCAUAACCAGUUCAACGCCACAGCAGAAGGUCGCAUUUCACCGUACCUUGCUUCGUUGCCUCAGUCUAGGAUGUUCUCAUCAUUAUCCAAAUUGCCGUUGCCAAGGGAGAAUGGUAUCAGUCACAAGUCACGAUCCCGGAAGCAGUUUGAAAACCAACGACCUGUGAUAAAUCCUCAUUAUUUAAGACCUCUUACGCCGCAGGUUUUUCCGAAUUCAGGUACUCACAACUUUGAGAAUGUGAGGAGACGAGAGGAGCUUGCUGAAAUCAUGAGUCAGCGACCACAGUCGGCGAUGGAGUAUUCAUACCGUCUCCAUGGGCAACACGAUGAGUAUCUGGCCAUGCUUGCUCAGCAGGCAGGUCUAGAGUUUUCCCCUCCACACUCCACGUCUAGUGACAGGUCCCGACAGGAUCUCCAGCUUUCCCUGCAAAAGCUUCUGGCCGAGACUGGACACACUCAAGACGAGAUAGGCGAUCAUGACCAGACUUUGCAAGAGGGGCGUGUGUCUUAUCACGAACAAUUUUUGGCAACCAAAAAUAAAAUUCUCAGGCAUAAGGAACAACUGGCUGCCAACGGGGGCUUUGACCAGCUCCAGGAUGAUUAUGGCACCUUUGAAGAUGAAGACAAUGAUGUUGACGAUACUCAGAAUGUCACACCCAUGAAACUGUUACCAGAAUCUCAUCGACCAAAGAUCAUGGUCCCUAGGUGGCGCCAAACUGCAUCACCGCCCAGUUAUAACCAAAGCGUGACUAACGGUGACAGGAAGUUAACUGGCCAUGAUGUUCAUGAUGCAAACCUGGCUUCCUCUCUUGCACAGAGUUUGUUUGAGAACAAUAAACAUCACAGUUUUCCAAGAGACAAAAGCUUCAACCAUCAACGACAGCCUAGUGAAGAUAAUACUAAUAACUUUCAAGGGACAGCUAGCUUGAAACGUAAAGGACAGACGAUAACUAUAGAAUCACCAAGAAAGUCGUCUGCUGGACAGAGUCCAAUGUCAAAUGGCUCAAAGGGUAAAAGUGCAGCAAAAAGUUUAUCAUUUGAUGUGAGUCCGCAUCGACCAAGCAGCUUGGAUAUUAAUUCCGAAGGGGCCUCAAGUUCAAAUAAGAGAAAUAGAUCAGUGACCAAGUCUGACAAAGAUGUGACAAAACGAAAUUCCAUUACAAAACUUUCAGAUGUGAUCGCAUACACAGCUGAUUGCUUGGAAAACAAUGAGCUGAAAAAACAUGAACAUUUUACAAACGACGACGAUGGUGAUCAAGUUGAAUCGCCCAGGAAGGCAUCAGCAGAAGGUCAGAGUGCAAAACUAACAAAAUUGGACAUUUUAGGAAAUACCAACAUGAAGGUAUCCUCAGUCGACAAUGCUGGUUCUUCAGAAGAACACAGUGCAGAUGAUCAUAUGGACUCUGACAAUAAAACUAGUAACGAGCCCAGUAAGAAAGUGAAUACUGACAGUGUUGUUUUCUACUUUCAAAAUCGUGAUAAAUUGAAUCAGGGUAUAACUAAUGGUGUAGACUCGCAGCGAUCUCCCGUAUUUUUGGGUGUGAAUAAAACGUCUACUCCUGUAAGAGAACAGAAACCAUUCCAAACUUCAAAUCAAAGUGACUCAUUCAACAAUGGAAAUAGAAAACUGUCAGGAAGAUUAGUGCGUGAAGACGCAGUUAAUGAAGAAACUGCCAGUAAAUCAAUGGAUUCAAAUGGUGGAGCGGAUGCCACAGCCAAGGGUGAAGUGCCGGCAAAAGAACGGGUCCUGAUGAAGGUUGAUAAGUUAAGAAUGAGUUUUGAACGGAAAAAGCAAAAGUCAGAAGAAAGGCGACAAAGUCAGCAAAUGGCAUCCCCUACUAGUCCUACGUCUGCAUCGUCCAUUCAGAAACAGUUCAAUGACCUUACGGUGACCUCUCAGGGCAGUGAGAACAAGAACGGUUCACUUCCAACGUUCUAUUCUGCUCCCAUCCAAGAGAACGGAACUGAUUCACAGGAAACGAAAUCUGGACUCUACAAGAAGUCCAGUCAGAAUAAACUGAAAUUUUCUUACGAUGCGUCUGCUUCGGCCAGACAAAUUCAGCACAAAAUUGAACGGGCUGCGAGUCCAACAGGUAGAACUCCAAGUCCUAUAAACAUGAACAGCCCGUACGAACAGUUUAAAAGUCAGGUAGAGGCUUCAAAUCUGGCUCGUCCAAAAGGCAAAGGAACCAGUCCGCAGAGACAUUCAGUCGAAACGUCUUUGAUCCCUCAGCGAUCCGGAAGUCCAACGCGCAGCUCUGCAGAACGUGAGAGACCAAAGUCCACGACAGAUUUUACAAAAGGGAAUCACGAUGUGAGUGAUGGACAGAACCUCAAAAGUGCAAUGAAGGAAACCAAAAUUCCAGUUUUGAAGAAAUCAUCAGGGGGAAUGCUGUCCAAGUCGUCUGAAGAUAUUUCUAAAUUGAAGAAGAAAACGCCAUUUAAAGACCAGUUGAAAAAUAUCUUUGGACGAAAAAAGAAGAAGUCGAAAUUGUAUAACGGCAACUCGUAUGACCCCGAUGCAGAAUACAACAAUCAUGUGACUAUAGUGCCAGAGUCUUCGUUCCAACAGGUGGACGAUGAACUCGGUUUCUAUCCCCUUUCUGCCAGCAGACGAGCUAACUCAGCCUCACACAUCCUGCAGGGAUACAAGUCUGAUGAUGAUGACGAUGAUGAUCCUGUUAGUGCUGUGUGACCUUAGGUCAUGUGACCUUAACCAGGAAAUGAAUAGAGCAAUAUUCGAUGAUAAUGAUCCAGUUAGUGGCGUGUGAUCCAUCAUGUUUCCUUUAAUAGGAAAUGAAUAGAGAAAUAUUUAGUUCACGUUACACAAUAGUCUUAAUUGUAUACAAGGAUAAUGAUGUCCUCGUUACUGUGUCUAAGGUCAUUUGAAAAAGAAAGUGUAACACUUCAUGACUUGAGAAGAACGCUAUUGACACCCAAAUCAAAUGAAGUGACAAGACUGUAAUAGCUUAGUUCUGGGAAAAUGGGCUUAAUGUAUGUGCGUAAAGGGUCAUCCCAGAUUAGCCUGUGCAGUUUGAAGGCUUAUCAUGGACAACACGUUCUGCCUACUCUUGAUUUUUGUUUAGAAGAGACUUCAUAUAAAAUUCCAUAAAACUGGAAAGUGUUGUCCCCCUGCGACGACACUUUACGCACAUGCAUCUAAACCAGUUUUCCCAGAACAUUUUCAUAUCUUGUGCUAUACGAGGCUGGUCCCCAAAGUGUACAGUAAUUGGUCAUGAGACUGUAGCAACCUCCCAUAAUUUUAAUAUAUAUAUUAUUAAUGCUGAGCAAGUCAUGACGUGGAAUAAAAUCCUCUUAUAUUUAACCCUUUCAGCGCUGGAACCGAAUUUUAAAGGCCUUUGCAAACAGUUUGGAUCCAGAUGAGACGCCACAGAACAUGGCGUCUCAUCAGGAUCCAAACUGUUUGCUAUUCUGAUAGUAUUCUUUGAAAAAAAAUCGAAGAAAAUGCUAAUUAAAAAAAAUCAGCAGACGACAUUUUAGCAGACGACAAUUUUCCAGCAUGCAAAGGGUUAAGUGCUGUGUGUGUUAGGUCACGUAGGUAGCCAAAUCAAACAAAGUCUCACUCUGAGAAAACAGAGUCAAAUGCAUGUGCAUAAAGUGUUGUCCCAGAUAAGCUGGUGCAGUCCCCACAGGCUAACCAGGAACGACACUUCCUGUCAAACCUGAAUUUUGCCUAAAAAAAUGACUUUUUUAAAUGAAAAAUGUCAUUAAAGCAGAAAGUGUGGAUUCUGCAGGCAAACCUGGGAUGACACUUUAUGCACUUGCAUUUAACCCUGUGUUCUCAGAACCCAACUCAAAUAGUAUUAUCUUGUGUUGUCUGACUUGAUCAGGUUUGACAAAAGUGGUUUACAGCAUGUUUGCCGAAUAAUGAGAGACCCCAUGAUUGUUAAAGCAUUAUUUCUAAAUUAUGGUCUUGUUUUUAAAUCACCUGUUUUGUUCAAUCUUACAUUAAUUGUCAUAAUAUAAGCCUUCUAUAAUUAACCACACACACCACAUGAUAUUUCUAUUCAGCGACUUGUUCUUUUUUCAAAACCACUAUUGUGACUUGAGUCUCAUUUGCAUAUUACAUGUCAUAUGCUAACAUACAGAUCUGAACCAUUUUAAUCCAUAACAUCACAGAAUCAUGUUUAUGUUUUAAAUAUGACAACCUGUUUUUCAGGUGAAACGUUUUGUAAACAAUAUCUGUUAAAGCACGACACAGACCAAGAAGGUUGUAUAAUGCACUAUGAAGUACAUUUAAAUUCAUCUUGCUGAUCUAAUUAUUAUAAUUACGAUGUUGGUGAGAACUGUUUGUUGUGUUAUACAUGCUGUUUAACCAAGUGCUGUUUAACCAAGUUCAUGAACGGUUUGGAAAACUGUAUAUACAUAAAACUCAUUAACAGUACAUGUUUAAUUGUCACAUGUUUAAUUGUCACAUGUUUAAUUGUCACAUGUUUUGAUAAAUUAGCCUUGCUCUGGAAACAACGGUGUCUAAUGCAUGUCUGCGUAAUGUUGUCUCAGAUUAGUGAUUAGCACAGUCUAAUCAGGGACAACACUUUCAAACUGGACUGGAUUUUCAAUUAAUAGAGACUUACUUUCAACAAAAAUUCCAUAAAAGCGGAAAAUUUCGUUCCAGAUUUACCAGUGCAGACUGCACAGGCUAAUCUGGGACAACACAUUACACACAUGCAUUAAGCCCAGUUUUCCCAAAGUGCUACUCAAAUGUUUGUGCAGACGAUUUGUAACUUAAGUAUUUGUGAUUAUGGAGGACCUCCUAGAUUUAUUUCCUUAAGCAAGUCUCUACGGAUAACACACACUUCUUGUUGGGUAGUGCCAAAAACUGUAGGCAAAAGAAAAACAUUUAUUAUAGUUAACAGACGUUUGUAUUGUCUAUGUAUUCUUUUUUUAACAUAAUAGCAGCGUUUUAGUCAAAACUGCAAAGUGUGUAACACUAGCAAUGAGGAUUAUAACACAAAUCAGGAAGUUAACCUAUUUGCAAUGUGUUUUUGUACCCUCAUUCUUGUGGGGUGUUUCAUUUAGGAAGAAAGUAUUAUUAGUUACAUUGCGAGUAACUGAUGGUGUAUGGGAUAUACACCCUCAGUAAUUUCAUACCAUACGAGAGCAAAGCUCUUGAAUGGUAUGAAAGUACUGAGUGUCUAUAUACCAUCAGUUACUAACUGUUUAACCAUUAUAUCUCAACCGACUACUCGAUUACUUGGGGUGUAUGGAAUAUUCACCAUGGGCAUUAGACCGCUCUCAGCCAAUCGGAUUAGGUCAUUUUUGUAGGAGGUGAAAUGUAGGUAAAUCUCAUACAAGUAGAGAAAAAAAAGAAAAAAACGCUGUGCAUUUGCUUGAUUUAAUUGUGUCAUGCAGUCAGUUUACUUUUGCAAAAACAUCUUUGUGAAACUAAUCUUAGUAUAACCAUUGUCAGUUUUGAAUAUAUAAACAUCAUGUAUGAGUAUAAUCACUAUUGAGACUGAACUGUAUUCAAUUCUAUGUGCUUUGUUAAGAAUACAUUUUUCAAAUAUUAAUUUUUCCCCAAUUCAAAAAGAAACAGGGGUAUAUUGGUAAGCACUUGUCCGUCCGUCAAUGGUAGGUUGGUCCAGAGACCUUUUAUUUCCGAGUGAUAUCUUGGGGAAAGUCAAGGUCACAGGGUAUUGUAAAUAACAUUCGUUUUUGCUAUUCUUUUGAGAACUCCUUGAUGUGCGAUCAUUCAAAUCGAUCUUGUGGUUACAUGGGGGAAAAAAAGACAUCUUGAUUUUUAGGUCACCAGGUCAAAGUCAAAAUGAGCUUGUAUCAACAAAUUGGUUUCUUCAUGAUAUCUAGAGAAUGCUUUGAUCAAGGAUCAUUUAAAUUAUUAAACUUGUUACUUUGGAGGAAAGAAUGACGCCUUAUUGAUUUUGAGGUUGACAUGUCAAAGGUCAAGGUCACAAGGCAACAGGGAAAAUGUGUUAAUGCAUAAUAUCUCCAGAAUCCUUUGACUUACAUGCAUGCACAUUAAUGUAGUUGUUCAUAAGGUGGAAAUACAAUUGUCUGUUAAAGGUCAGGGUCACAGGGGAUUGUGUCAUCUCAUUGGUUUCCAAACAACCUUGAUUUUUCUUAGGAUCAUUCAAAUCAUUUUUUUUGGUAAGUCUUGCAGAGACGGAUGGCCUGAGAUUUUUCAAAUCAAGAUAUCUAAGGUUAAAGUCACAGUAAUGAUUUUGCUGCAAGUCAGGGGCGCAGACAUUUUAAAAAUAUCUCUUGUUUAUGCUAGCCUCCCUCGUUUAUUAUUGCCGAGGCAUUUUUACAAUGUAUAUCCUUCUUGUUACUAAGAAAUUGUAUGUUGUUGGAUGUUCAUGUUUUGGAUCUGACUCUGUUUUAAAUUAGAAUCUUAAUCAUGAAGGCUGUCUAUUGGUCACUUUAAAAAAUUAUCGCACAUUUUAUAUAUGUCUAAAGAUUUGUUUUGUAUUUAACUUGUACAUUGAUAUAAUGCACUGAUUUUGCAAUAUUAUUUAUAAAUAAAAAUGAAAAUCGC